UUCGAAUUGAAGAAGGCGUUGUGUACUGAUGUCAAAGACGACAUUCAGCUUCACAGGACUAUCAAGGCCAUGAAGCCAAUUAUAUUAUUGUUGAGAAAUUAUGGGCUGGACUGCCCACCAAUUGUUGCAUGCGAGGGAUGGAGGCAACAACAUUUUCGAUGAAAAAACUGGAUGAUAUUUGGGUCGCUGGUCCCGCUUGCGACAAAAUCAUACUGCCUCAAACGGAGGCCGAGAUCUUGGACUUUAUGAAAAAGGAUAUGCAUCGCCUGUUCAACCUUUUGGCUUUGUAUGAUCAGUACUCAAGAGAAGUGCUUGUCAAGAAAGCGGAGUACGAGCGCCGACUUCGCAGGGGCAACAAGAUGGCCUUGCCACUACCAUCCGAGGAGAAGGAGUCUAGGGAUCUGGAGUGGGACCCUCUCGUGCUGAACUCCCCUACCAAGCAGACCGGCAGGCGAAAGUCGAUCAUGGAUCGACUGAAAGACGACGAUGAGGAGGACUUUCCGCCAAAUUCACCAUCUAAUCGAAAGUCGAUUGCACUCAAGAGUAUUGACGUUGAGGGCAGCAUUGCGUCGAAGUUGCGAUCCAAGCCAGGCAGGCCAAAGGCGUUUGCGGACUCAUACACUUGUUAGGGUCUCGGGUCGGGUUGCCGGUAUCGGGCCAGCGAAGACCAUGUAUAAAAAAAAGAGACAAAUUACCAGCAUUGUAAAUAGCAGUAACCAGCCAUCGUUGGGUCCGAUGCGUUGUUGAAGCUGGUGCUCUGGUGCUCGCUCUUCACUGUCAAAUGAAUCAUCUGGGUUGAGAGAUACAUU